CUGUCGCGGCGUGAGUGCCUCGUAACCCCUGCCAUCGCAUCAUCGAACUUACUCCCCGGCAUACAGCGAAUUGCCCGUACGGCCUGACACGGUGAACACAGCCGCGGCCGUGGCAGCGCCCAUCAUCUGCUUCUUCGGGGAACCGUGCCCCCACCUCACCGCAGACAUGCUCCUCCAGAAGGUCGCCGGGGUUAGGCGCCACCUCGAAGCGUUCCAUGAGUUCACAAGAGAUCGCGCGGACAACCUCGUCUGCGACUGGGUCGAUGCAAGCAAGGAUAAGGACGGGCCCGGAACUGGCAGGUGCGGGAAGGACGUCAAGGACGAGUUCCAGCUGGCGAAGCACGUCGCCACGGUGCAUUUGCGGCUGCUCCAGGUCCAAUGCGAGGGAUGUGGGGAGUGGUUCUCGAGGCGGGACAGUUUGGAGAGGCACAAGAAUGAGGGGAGGUGCUCGCUUGGUUGAGCGCGCGCAUAUUCAUGUUUAAGAUAUGUACGCGUCAUUCAAGACCGCUGUGUAAUACGUGGGUGAAGAAGCCCUCCCUCUAUUUGUACACUAUCACUUUCCGCAGGGGCGGAAGAUCCCGUCUCGACGAUUGUAUCUCGAUCAAUUGGGAAUUCGAGGCCCGCGCACCUCUGCCUGGUGCGGAGGACGCAUUCGCUCAC